AUGUGCGCACUAACCAUCUCCUUAGUGGGUCCCGUAGGAGACCCACCAGUGCUGAGCUUCUUCAGCAAGUACGCCACCGUCACCCUCGAUGGACAGAACGUUACGGACGUAAACUGUCAGCCAGACCCGAAGAACACGAAAGACGGCAACUUGGCGUACUGCGUGUACUCGGACAGCAAGUUCGAUGAUGGCUCUGUGAGCAUCCAUUACACGUUCGAUGCUAUUGGAGGAGAAUGUGCUAUUGAUUUUGGAUACAAAGGUGUGUCUUAUAGCACGGGUGGGUCAGGCGCGGGAGCGCAGACAGAUAGCUGUGCUACACAGGGGUGUGGUGUGGAGCCGUUUUCGUGCGAUAUGCAUGCUAAAUGCUACUUUGAUAGUUAG